UGCGCACUGGCCGCCGAAAGGAACGAUCUCACUUCUUGAAUUCGGAUUCUGACAGUUCUUGGCCGAUUGCCGUGGGUUGGCCAGCCGCAAGUGGGCUGCGGGGAAUUGGCAUUUGUUUUUUGCGCGACGCGACCAUGUCAUAAAUUUAGGGUGGUCAUUAGUUGAGGGACGAUGCGACAUAAAUAAUUUGUGAGGGUGUUUUCAGCGGACUUGUUCUGGAUAAACGCGCACUGUGACUGUUUUGCCAUUUGGAUUUUCCCGCCAGGGGAUUAUUUUGAAAAUUCGCUAAAAUGACUUCUAAUGGUCUGAGAAGCGGCGACAACAAUUACAGCGAUGAGGUCUUCACGGAUGACGAAAGUUCGCCACUUACCGAAAAUAUCUACGGGGGAAGUACGAGGACGGUUCAGGAGACGAAAGGAUGGGACGUCUUCCGAGACCCUCCCAUCAAGGAGGUGUCUGGGUCUAUGGCAAACCAAAAAUGCUUAGAAAUUACUGUAAAAAUACUAAAAGUAAUAGCAUAUCUAUUAACGUUUGUGAUAGUCCUUGCAUCCGGCAUUGUGUCAAAGGGCACUUUGUUCUUCAUGACGUCGCAGUUGAAACCUGACAAAGUGGUGGCGUAUUGCAACAGAGAAUUAGGUAGAGAUAAACAAUUUAUAGUGAAAUUACCAUCAACGGAAAGAGUGGCGUACAUGUGGUGCCUUUUGUUCGCCUUCGCGAUACCACAACUUGGAGUGCUGUUUAGGUCCACCAGGAUGUGUUACUUCAAGUCAUCGAAAAGGCCCCUCUUCGCCCACUUCCUUGUGAUAUUUCUUGUUGAGACUGGUCACACCAUCGGUUUAGCCCUUCUGAUCUUCCACAUACUGCCAGAUAUUGAUGUGGUGAAAGGAGCAAUGUUGACCAACUGCCUUUGUUUCGUACCUGCCGUUCUGGGGCUCUUAUCAAGGAACAACAAGGAGUCGCAACGGUUUAUUAAAGUAAUAAUAGAUCUCAUCGCCAUCGCAGCUCAAGCAACAGGUUUCAUAGUAUGGCCCAUUGUUGAGAACCGACCUGAUCUAUGGAUUAUACCGAUCGCAAUAUUUCUAGUCUCUCUCGGGUGGUGGGAGAACUACAUCUCCAAACAUUCCCCCCUACCAUUUAUGAAAAAACUUGGACGCAUCAAGGACAAAUUCGACGACACCAGAUAUUUCACCUACAUGUUCAUCUCCAUCUGGAAAAUCCUGUGCUUCUUCCUCGCAAUCCUUUUCAUAAUUUUGAUUAAAGAAGGCGAAGUUGGCUUCUUCUUCAGCGAAUUCUCAGAAGGUUUCGGGGCACAUACAAUCACAGUCUUGGAAAUCAAACCAACAUUAGGAGGGACCGCCCUGACGGACGUUUCUGAAAUCAUCCCAACAGGGGACGACACCAUCAUACCAGCUAACGAUAUGACUGCCAUAUACGUCCUGAUGAUUAACGUGCUGGGCUCAUACUUCGCCUACAUCUUCGGCAAGUUCGCUUGCAAAAUUAUGAUCCAAGGAUUCUCUUAUGCUUUCCCGGUAAAUCUGACCAUCCCCAUCACUAUUUCUUUGAUGAUUGCCGCUUGUGGACUAAGGAAUGGAGACCCGUGCAUCUUCCAUGACACCAUACCGUCAUACUUGUUCUUCGAAAGUCCCGCUAGUUCAUUCUUGAAUGACUUCAUUUCGCAUCAACACGUGUGGAUUUGGUUGUUGUGGCUUUUGUCACAAACGUGGGUCACCCUGCAUAUUUGGACGCCGAAAUGCGAACGUCUGGCCAGAACUGAGAAAUUGUUUGUCACUCCAAUGUACGAAGGCCUCUUAAUUGAUCAGAGUUUGGGGUUGAACAGGAGAAGAGACGACGAAGCUGACGUUAAAACUGAAGAUCUGGAUGAAAUCCAAAAAGAGAAGGCUGAUGAGUAUUACGAAACGAUUUCGAAUCACACCGACGGAUCAUCACCGAAGACCAUCAAGAGUUCAGACAACAUCACCAGAAUUUAUGCCUGCGCUACCAUGUGGCACGAAAAUAAGGAAGAGAUGAUAGAGUUCUUGAAGUCUAUUUUGAGGUUAGACGAAGAUCAAUCCGCCAGAAGGGUGGCACAGAAAUAUCUCCGUGUUGUCGAUCCUGAUUACUACGAAUUCGAAACGCACAUUUUCUUCGAUGACGCUUUCGAAAUUUCUGACCACAAUGACGACGAUACUCAAGUGAAUCGUUUCGUGAAGCUUCUAGUUUCAACAAUCGACGAAGCUGCAUCAGACGUUCAUCAAACUCACAUAAGAGUGAGGCCACCAAAGAAAAUACCAACCCCUUACGGAGGUCGUUUGAUUUGGACUCUGCCAGGCAAAACUAAGAUGAUUGCUCAUUUAAAAGACAAGAUGAAGAUUAGGCACAGAAAGAGAUGGUCGCAGGUCAUGUACAUGUACUACCUUUUGGGUCACAGACUCAUGGAACUGCCAAUUAGUGUCGACAGGAAGGCCGUAAUCGCAGAAAACACGUAUCUUCUUACUUUGGACGGAGAUAUUGAUUUCCAACCUUCUGCAGUGCUUUUGCUUAUUGAUUUGAUGAAAAAGAAUAGAAAUCUGGGAGCUGCUUGUGGGCGUAUUCACCCCGUCGGUUCAGGUCCCAUGGUCUGGUACCAACUGUUCGAAUACGCUAUUGGGCAUUGGCUGCAAAAGGCUACGGAGCACGUUAUCGGCUGUGUAUUGUGUAGUCCUGGAUGUUUCUCACUUUUCAGAGGCAAAAGUCUUAUGGAUGACAACGUAAUGAAGAAGUACACCACAAGGUCCGACGAAGCCAGACAUUACGUGCAGUACGAUCAGGGAGAAGAUCGUUGGUUGUGCACACUGUUGUUGCAAAGAGGUUAUCGUGUCGAAUAUUCAGCUGCAUCAGACGCCUACACUCACGCCCCCGAAGGUUUCAACGAGUUCUACAAUCAGCGUCGUCGUUGGGUACCAUCCACCAUCGCCAACAUCAUGGACUUGCUUAUGGACUCCAAACGGACUAUCGAGAUUAACGAUAAUAUUUCUAUGCCAUAUAUUGGAUACCAGAUCUUGCUUAUGGGUGGUACCAUUCUUGGACCCGGCACUAUAUUUCUUAUGUUGGUGGGAGCCUUCGUGGCUGCCUUCCAAAUCGAUAACUGGACUAGCUUCUACUACAACAUCAUCCCCAUUUUCUUCUUCAUGUUGGUCUGUUUCACUUGCAAGUCCAACAUACAGUUACUGGUGGCGCAAAUUCUCUCGACUUGUUACGCAUUGAUUAUGAUGGCUGUGAUAGUGGGUACGGCUCUGCAGUUGCGUGAGGACGGUGUGGGCUCGCCUUCGGCUAUAUUCUUGAUAGCUAUGACGGGUUCGUUCUUUAUAGCUGCAUGUCUGCAUCCGCAAGAGUUUUGGUGUAUCGUUCCCGGAAUAAUUUAUCUGUUGUCCAUUCCCUCUAUGUACUUGCUUUUGAUUUUGUAUUCCAUCAUCAACUUGAACGUCGUAUCUUGGGGUACUAGAGAAGUGGCAGUUAAAAAAACUAAAAAGGAACUUGAGGAGGAGAAGAAACAAGCUGAGGAAGCCAAAAAGAAGGCUAAGCAGAAGUCCCUACUUGGAUUCCUGCAAAACGGAGGAACAAGCGACGAUGAUGAGGGCAGCAUCGAAAUUUCUUUGGCUGGACUUUUCAAAUGUAUGCUGUGCACCCACCAAAAGGCUGGAGAUGAAAAGGCACAACUAAUUCACAUCGGUGACACUCUUGAUGCGUUGGCAAAACGUUUAGAUCACAUUGAAAAAGUGGUAGACCCGACAGGCCACGCAUCGAGGAGGAGGAGCAUGUCGGCUUCAUCGCGUGGUGACCAUCAUUUGGGACCAGUUACUGAAGAAACCAUGGAAGACGAAUCCGAUAAUUCCGAUUCCGAAGCAGCAUCGACCGUUCCACAGAACAAGAGAGACGACCUGGUCAAUCCUUACUGGAUUGAGGACCCUGAUGUUGGCAAAGGUGAAGUGGAAUUCCUGAGCAGCAGCGAAAUGAGCUUCUGGAAGGACCUGCUGGACAAAUAUUUGUUCCCCAUAGACGAGAACAAGGAGGAAAAGGCACGUAUAGCAUCAGACUUAAAGGAGUUGCGCGAUCAGUCCGUGUUUGCUUUCUUUAUGAUGAAUGCUUUGUUUGUUUUGAUAGUAUUUUUACUCACUCUGAAAAAGGACUACUUGCACAUUAAGUGGCCAUUCGGCGUAAAGACCAACAUAACCUAUGACGAGAGCACACAAGAGGUGCACAUCUCCAAAGAAUAUCUACAGUUGGAGCCAAUCGGUUUAGUGUUUGUGUUCUUCUUCGCCUUGAUUUUGGUCAUCCAAUUCGUGGCUAUGUUGUUCCAUAGAUUCGGAACCAUUGCGCACAUCUUGGCUUCCACCGAACUGAACUUCUGUUGUAACAAAAAGAAGGAAGAGAUGUCUCCAAACGCCUUGCUGGACCGGCAGGCCGUGGAGAUAGUCAAACAGCUGCAAAAAUUGCAAGGCAUCGACGAUGGUGAUUACGAGAACGACUCAGGCUCAGGACCAGACAGAAUAGGAAGACGAAAAACGAUUCACAACUUGGAAAGAGCGGCGCAAAAGAAACGACAAAUCGGAACGCUGGAUGUGGCCUUCAAAAAGAGAUUCGCCAAACUUAACGCCAACCCUGGUGCAGGUACACCCGUGUUGAGCAGAAGAAUGACUAUGGGCCGCGAAACGAUGAAAGCACUGGAAGUGAGAGUCAACUCUGUGAUGGCGGAACGCAGAAAGUCCCACAUGCAAACGUUGGGCGCCAAAAACGAAUUCGGCAACAACAACGUGGUGCAAAGGAACCACAGGAACAGCGUGGCCAGCAGCAUUCCCGCUAAGGAGAUCUUCGAAAACGGACACGUGAACCAAGCAUACGAAGAGGAGGUCUACGGGAACAGGAACUCGCUACAAAUGCAUCCCAGGAACAACGUCACGUGGAAGGGAAGCAACAGCAGGAUGUAACGUUGUGUGCGCGUGUUAAUUUAGAAUACUCAUGAACAAUUAGGAUAAACAAUUUUACCCUGACAAGCGCAGGGUGUGUAAUUGUAAAUACUCGUAUGUUAGUAAACGAAAAGACUAAUGAAAUUGUUAAUUCUUUCUAUUUUUUUAUAUUUAUGUACCAGGUUUUUUACUAUUAUCAUUAUCUAGCUACUUAAACUGCCUUUUGUACAUAGUCCUUCACUUAUACAAAUUGCCGUCUUUUAUAUCCCGAAAUUAUCGAUUCUAGAAUUACCUCUAAAUAUAAGACUAAAUAAAUACCUUAAGCUCAACUUUUUAUACAGAUUUGAUUUUUUUAUAAUUUAGUUUAGUUGUAUUUAUAUUUGAUUGUACGUUAUGUGAUACAUAAAUAAAGAAGAUGUAUAUAUGAAA